AUGAGCGAUUUGAACCGCGAGCGUCGUACCGGUGGUUUUUACAAACGGGCGGCUAAAUUUCUGAAAGGAGACGCGGCCGAACAAACUGACCCGCAAGCCGGCCCUAGCCGGAAUGUUCCCAUCGAAGCGUUUGAUGAAUCGCCUGGAUCGGUGAAUUCGGUUGAACCGGUGGAUACGGUGAAUCCGGUCGAUACGCUACCGCUGGAUCCGGCGCAACCCUUGUCGGAGGGACCGGAAGAUCUGGACGAUUCCGAAAGGAUAUCGGUCGUACUGGACAACACAGAGAGCUUUUCCGACGACAGCGACGAGGAAGGGUCCUACGAGCGGACGUUUCACUCGAUGUCGAUCGAGGAUGGCAUACGUUACUGGGCGCUAUCUAAUAACGCCACGCAUCGAUCCAUCAACAUGGUGUUGCAGCUAUUCAGGAAGGUAGGUGUGAAAGUGCCCGGCACCGCCAAAACCUUGCUGCGAACCAAACGGAACGCGUCGAGUGAAAUUACAGAACUUGGCGGUGGACAUUACUGGUAUAACUGGUUUGAAAAGACGUUAUUCAGCUAUUUUCGUCUACAGGCUCCACCGGCAACAGUUCGACAGUUCACCAUCACGUUGUCCGUUGAUGGAUUGCCGCUCCACAGGAGCGGGGCACUACAGUUUUGGCCCGUGAUGUUUGCCAUUGAUGAGUUGCCGGCAGCUCCAGUUAUGACUGCUGCGAUAUAUUGUGGGAUCACGAAGCCCAUUAGUAUUGAGCAAUACCUGCGCCCGGUGGUCGAUGAGCUGAACGGCCUGAUACGGAAUGGUAUACUUCUCUGCGGAAAGCAUAUCACUGUUCAGGUUCGUGCCAUUGUCGCCGACACUCUCGCCAGAGCGUUCAUCAAAGGCGUUUCUGGACACACCGGAUACUGGAGCUGCCAAAAAUGCACAGUCAAGGGCGAAUAUAACCAGCAAAGGAGAACGAUGGUGUUUCCUUUUGGCCAUGAACCGAAACGCACGGAUGCCGGCUUCCGGGUUAAUGAGCCACCGGGACACCGCAAACACGCAACGCCGCUAACCGAGCUCGCCGAUUUCGACAUCGUGGAAGACGUUCCUGUCGGAGACCGGCUUCAUAUUUUGGAGCUGGGCAACUGCAGGCGGUUUGUGAUGGGAUGGCGCGAUGUGGUUCGUUUCGGAUCAUUAUCUGCCAUUUCGAUAUACCGGUUCGAAAGCGAACUCCAGCAUUUGAAGCGUUUGCUUCGCAGCGGUUGGAAAAACCUGGAGCAGGCGGUCAAUCGGAUCUCGGAGUUUGAAAACUUCGGCAUGCCAAAGCCACCGGAGCAAACCAUCACCUAUCCCUCGCAGGUGUCCAAGUUCAACACCAAAGUGUUUGUGCGUCCGCGACUCACUUUGCAGACAGGCUGGGGAAAUGCAUGGUUUCUGACUGCGGACGGCAGCAUCGGCAAGCUGCAGUCUGCCGCGGACGGCACGGAUGCUGAUGUAGGGAAAGUGCUCGUGAGGGUACAUAGACUAUGCCGGAAAAUGCCAGCAUUUGACACGCCUAUGAACUCGAACGAUAUGCUCAUCUACAGAGGAUGCAUCCGUGACCUGUCGAGCGAUGCUGACCUGCAGUGUUCGACGGACGAGAUCGUGUGUAAGUUAGUGGUAACCGCGAGCAGGAGUAGGCAGGAGUUUACGUUGGUGCCACUGUUACACACGUUUCGGGACGACUGA